AUGAUAAGAUUGGCUCUAUUUCUGGUGUCUGUUUGGAGUUUUCGAGCUCAAGCAGAAUAUUCCGAUUCGGUAAUAGACAUUUCUCAUUACCAAGAAGAAUUAGACUUCGCUAAAAUAAAAAACGACAGCAUAGUCGCAGUCAUCCAUAAGGCGACUGAAGGCCAAACGUACGUGGACGGAACUUACUGUGAACGACGGAUAGAGGCAGAGGAAGAAGGGCUUUUAUGGGGAGCCUAUCACUUCGGCAACAAUGGAAAUCCAAUUGGACAAGCUGAUCAUUUCUUGGAAGUGGUCGGCGAAACAGAAAACGUUCUUCUUGUCCUGGAUCUGGAGGAGAACCGGGGAAACAAUAUGACUCCUGAUGGGGCAGAAGAGUUCGUCAAGAGAAUAAAAGAAAAAACCGGGAGGUUACCUGUCUUAUACGGAGGCAGAAUCUUUUUAGAAUCAUUCAAUAGUGAUAUUCUGAAUGAAUGCAAAUUAUGGAUUGCCAGUUACACUUCUGAUGACGAACCAAGGUUACCGUCGCAUCGCGACUCCUGGGUGCUGUGGCAGUACACCAACGGCCAGGUGGGAGGAAUCCCGAGGUCGGUGGAAGGUGUCGGCUACUGCGACAGGGACAGAAAGCACAGGUAUGCCAAAGCAAUAGUAAAAAGGUAA